AAGAAGGAAGCAGCAGAAGAAGAAGAAGAAGUGUUUCCGGUGCGGCCUGUCGUUUCGGCGGUGGUUUGUUGUUAAGUCAGUUAAAUCAGUUAACUUUGUUAGAUUUGUGUGAUUAAAACCCCCCCGGACACUAAACCCUCCUCGCGCUCCUUCUGAGCCGCUCAGCUCGCAGAGAUGUCGUCUGGACUCCUGGAGCCUCCUGCAGAAGAGCAGCUCUGUGUGUUCCUGCUGAGAGAGGGGGGUGGGGGGGGGGAGGAGGAGGGAGGUGGGCUGCCAGUGGGAGAGUCCAGAGGACGGGGGGAGGAGGGAGGUGGGCUGCCAGAGCGACUCAGCAGAGAGGAGAGACGCUGCUGUCCAGGUCGACCUCAGCUGGAGACACACAGGUUCUUCUGAAAUGCUGCUACAGUGUUUUGCAGUCAGACCGGAUGGACCUGACGGGGGGGCCCUUCUGCAGCACUGCACCACCAACCGCACCAGAACCAGAACUAUCAAACCCUCCAGGUCCCAGAGGAGGCUUCAGCGGUCCAACACUGCCAAACAAAGUCUUGCUACGCGUCGCCACCGCCGUGUGUCCCUUGUUACUAACCCCCACGAGGAGGAGGAGGAGGAGGAGGAGGAGGAGGAGGAGGAGGAGGAGGAGGAGGUGGUGGUGGAGGAGGACACAGGGGACCCCACCUGGACUCCACCUGAUGGAGACGACUCCCCCCCGUCUGCCUCGGCUCUCGAGGAUGUCCAGCCGGACUCAGAGUCCCAGCAUGCACCUCUGUUGGCGGUGAAGCUGGAGCCGGAAAUCACCAUGUGUGAGGUGUGCGGUAAAGUGAUGAAGAACAAGGCGAGCCUGGCCCGACACUCCUUCAUCCACACGGGGAAGAAGCCGUUCGCCUGCCACCUGUGUGAGCUGCGCUUCAACCGCCGCGACAACCUGCAGCACCACCUGAACCGGCUGCACCCUAACGGCGUCGCCAAGCUGGAGAAGCAGCGCGAGGUGCAGGCGUGGCUGUGCGCCGCCUGCGGGAAGACCUUCAGCUGCCGGUCCCGGCUGAAGACUCAUGAGGUCAUCCAUUCGGGCGUGAAACCGUACCGCUGCGACCUCUGCCCCAAAGCCUACAUGAGGACCAACGACCUGGAGCACCACAAGAAGAUCGUCCACGUGGAUGGCGGCGCAGAGCCUCAGCAGGCGAGCUCGCUGCUCUGCGACUUCUGCGGCAAAGAGUUUAAGUGCCGGUCGCAGCUGGCCGUGCACUUCCAGACGCACACCGGAGAGCGGCCGCACCUCUGCGACAUCUGCGGACGUAAGUUUGGCCGUCAGUACCAGCUGAAGCGCCACAAGAUCCUGGUCCACGCCAACCGGCGGAACGGCGAGGAGAACCUGCCGCCCAACACGUCGUUCACCUGCAGCGUCUGCGGGAAACGACUAAAGUCUGAAGCGUUGCUCUCCGCACACUCCCGUAUCCACUCGGGGGACAAACCUCACCGCUGCGGUAUCUGUCUGCGCAGCUUCCAGCGCGCCAUUUGCCUGAAGCAGCACCACGUACGCGUCCACCUGAGGGUCCGAGUCAACGAGGCGGCGCACGCCAUUGGGCGCAGGAAGAGCACAUCGUCGGCGAAGACGUUCCCGUGCUCGAUCUGCAGCAAAGUUUUCAAGUUCAGGUCUCUGCUGUCGAGCCACUCGCUGAUCCACAGCGAGAAUCGACCGUAUGGCUGCGACUUCUGCAGCCGCAGCUUCAGACGCCUCAGCCACCUGAAGAGACACCGCGAGGUCGUCCACGCCAACGGAGCGCGGCCGCCACAGACCUUCGUCUGCCACAUCUGCGGCAAAGACAAGAAGUGCCGCUCGCAGCUCGCCAGGCACGUCAUCAUCCACACCGGGGAGCGGCCGUUCGCUUGCGACCUCUGCACCGCAUGCUUCAACCGCCGUGGGAACCUGCAGCAGCACAGGAAGCGCAUGCAUGGCGUGGGGAAGUCACCCGCAGAGGAAGCUCCGCCCAUCCUGUUUGAUGACGACAUGACGCCCGCUCUGACCUACAAACAGGAAGAGACUGUGGUGGCUGUGGACGCCGCAGCUGAAGGCUGUGAGGCAGCGGCGAGCGACGACACGGACGCCGUUCAGCAGCUCGUCACCUGAACACCCCCCCCGCAUUUCUUCUCAACUUUGAACGUUAACGCUGAUGAAACUCAAACAGACCACGUGUCCUCGUUCUGCCACAACAACAUUGGUAACGUUGGCAGAAAUUUGCAGAACCUCCUUAGGUUCUGCUGACAGUGAAACGGGUUCUUGUUCUACGUUCUGUUGGAACGCUGCGACACAUCUGAGAUCAAAUAUCAAUUUCCCCAAAUUGUUUCGAUUUUUAAAGGAGAAUUAAAGACGUCAGAAACUAACAAACGGUUCUUUUUCUCACGUGAUCCUCAGCAUGUAGAGUCUACCGCCUCUCCUUGUUUCCUCUAGGGUUAUUGCUUUGGAGGGGGGCUCACCGUGUGUGGGGCGGUUUCCAUAUAGCUCUCUCUCUCUCUCUCUCUCUCUCUCUCUCUCUCUCUCUCUCUCUCUCUCUCUCUCUCUCU